AUGGCUCCUCUCGUUAAAGCCGAUGCCAAGCUUAAGCACCUGGCCUCCACGGCGCAUUCCCGGCCGGUAGAGCCGUUACUACGCGAGACCGCCGUUGACAUUGCUGUAGAACUAGAAACUAAAACUCACAGAACGACAACAGACAGCACAAUGAGCUACCGAGAUCCAAAUCCUCUCCAGUCUCGAUUCGACGGCGGCGUGCCCUUCAGAGACGUCGAACUCCUCCGCGACGAUUACUGGCCCCGCCGCUACAGGAAUGGCCGCUACCGAGAAGACGGCGAAGAGUGGGACGGCCGGUCCGUCUCGCCAAUGAGGGAGAUAUAUCACGCGGAAUGGACGAGCGGCAUCUUCCACCCAACGGUCGCCCCACGGCCACCGCCAACGCCAGAGCUGGAACUGGAGCCAGAGCCAGAGCCAGCACCGCAGAAACGCCGCCUCCUCCGCUCAGCAUUCGUCGCGCUCCUCACAGCCUCUGCAUACCUCGUUCUCUUCCUCCUCACGACGCAAUGCCUCGGCACGCUGUACACGCUGCUGCUAUCGGAAUGGCACGACUCGCUGCAACAGCUCAACACCUGGGCAGCCGCCAAAUUCGAGGCCUCACAGACAGGCGGCAAACUCCUCCCCUUCCUCCAACGCACAUGGUCGUUCCUGUCCCACACCCUCCCCCCACUCCUCCGUAAAACCUACGCUGUAACAUUCCACCUCGCCGCCAUCCUCCACCAGUUCACCACCACGCUCCCCCGGACCCAUCAGCUCCCAGAGCUCCUGCACGGCAUCUACAAUGCCGCCAUAGCCCGCGCCACGCAGCUCCACCACCACAUCCGCUCCGCGAGCGGAACACCUGCAUGCCCGUCCGCUGAAUGCCUUCGGAUUGCCGAACGCACAACCCGUUUUAUAGCAUCGACGCGCGAGCUCGUUAUCACCGCCACCGUCGUGCUCAGUGUGCUGGCGGUGCUUGCGGCGGCGAAUUAUGCGCAGCGGGUGCUAUCGAAGCUGGUACACGGGGUGCUGCGUCUGGUGCUGCUGGGAAAGAAGUGGUCGAGCAGCACCAGCGGCAUGACGGAGGUGAGUGCUAUCACUGUGGGUGAGGGUGUGCGCCAGGCCGUCAAGAACAUGGAGAGCCUGCGGAAGCGCGCGGAGAGCGCGUCGCUGGUGCUGGAGGUGUUUAGUCGGACUGUGGGUGACUACUGCGGGGUGGUGAACGAGGACCUGCGGGAGUUGGUGGUGCAGGCGCUGGAGGAUGUUGUGGGCAUUGGGAAAGAGUUGGGUAUUGAGGAGGUGGGGGUGAAGAUGACAGCGGGGGCGGGGACGGCGGGUGGGACGGCGGCCGGGACAGCGGGAGAGGGAGUGUGCGUGGUGUGUUAUGAUGGCGUGGCGGAUAUGGUGGUGUUGCCGUGUAGGCAUUUGGCGCUGUGUGUGACCUGCUGCGACGGAAUGAGUAUCCGCGAGUGCGGUGGCGCGGGCUACGGGAAUGCGAAAUGCCCGAUUUGUAGAACAACCGUUAUGGACCGAAUGAAAAUAUUUCGAAGCUAG